GGGAGUUGUUUGUCUUAACACACAAACGACCUAAUGGAUCCUAUCUCCAUGAUGCAGCUCGGGCUAUUGGUAAUUGCGGAGAUUGAGCAACAUGAUGAAUCAUCUAGACUGUUAUCUCAGAAUGAUUCACUUGCUCAAGCUCUUGGAAAGGAGCACCCAGGUAGAGUGCGUGGCAUGGGAAUCGGACCGACUACUAGUCAAGUGUUCGGUACGAACUCAUCUCAAUCGAGCAUUGGAACUCAAAGGGAGGAGACCCAAAGGGUGUUGCUUGAACUGCAAGCAGAGCUGGCGGCUGAGAAAUUAAAAAGGAAGGCAAUGGAGAGUGCUCUUAUGUGUCUAGUUCGAGGGCAAGGUGGGGAGCUGCCACCAAACGUGGCUGCAUGGAUGAAUUCAUUGGAGGGACAGAGUAGAGAGUAGAUCUAAGGAUUUGAAAUGUCUUCUUUAAGUUAAAUAUACACUUUUUUAUUGUUGAUUAUGCAACUCUUAGUAAGGAAUACACUUUAUUGA